CUCUCAUAUUACACAAAUUACACAAUGUAAUAUGAGAGACGUCUAGCUGGGUGAGAUAAAACCAUGCUGACCACCUCAACCCUUCAGAAUCAGGAAAAGAGAGAAAAUAAUGUUUGCAGUUUGCUUAAUCUUCCUUGGUGUCACUGCACUGGUGCAAAGUCAGCCACAGUAUGAGGUGCAACUUGAGUUGCCUGUCGGGUUUUUUUACCGCUCUGGCUUUCUAAGCCAGUUGGCCGAUGGCACUUGUUGCUCACCCAAUGAAACAGCGUGCCACACUAGUUGCAAUCAAACUCAAAUCACCCUCUGCUUCAGAGAGACUUCCAAUAAUACGGACAUGAACAACUGCACAUUGGGAGAAAUGACCUUUAUUACAGGAGCUGGCAGUGGUAUUUAUACCUUCAGUGCGACAGGAGCUACUACUACCACUACUUAUCCUGGAAGCUAUCAGCUCUACUAUGAAAUAUCUGCUUUGCAUCCAAUAAGAAGUAUUGAAAGUGGAAACAGUACAUUCAACAAUUCAGUAAACGUCCAAAAUGAUUUAGUUGUGCUGUCUGGGGAGAGGACCAACCUCAUAUUUCGUGCUAUGACGUUGGUUUGCAAAGAAGGCUACUUUGGUCCUGACUGUGGCAGUCCUUGUAUUUCGCAAAACGACUCCACUGGACACUUCACUUGUGGUGUGAAUGGUGCCAAGGUGUGUCUCCCUGGUUAUCAGAACCCUGAGACCAACUGUGUGGAAGAAGCACCUACAGAACCUACUACUACAGCUCAAGGGGGUCAAGCAUCUGCAGUUGGUGUCCCGAUGAUAGUGGGUGGGGCAGUUGGGGGAAUCGUGUUGCUAUUACUCAUCAUCCUUGUUAUCAUGAUUGUGGCUGCGUUAAUUUGGAGGCGAAGGUCGAAGAGACAAGGGAAGGUCCGUUUUGAAGGAAAUUCAGUAGUGUUUAGUUCACUCCAAACAGACAGCCCAGAGAACUCGAGUGAGAAUAAUAAUAAUGGUGGCGCCGAAGCGACAGUGCCUGUAAUGUACACCAAGGUCAACAAAGACAUAUACACACAGAGAGAGGAGGCCCCUCCAAUCAUCCCGUAUACAGGGGAGCCGUACAUGGAGGUGGCGAGGACUGGACUGUUUGCCACUCCUGGGCAAAGGGCUCUACCAGAGAUAGUCAUGGCUAGUAGUCCGGGGUAUGCUGAAGUGCAUCGACCUCAGGUUGUUUAUGCUGACCUGAAUAUCUCUAAAGUCAGAACUCAGGCUACAGCUCAACUGUCAAUGACCGACUCUGACAAUGAUGUCAUUCAGUACUCACGUGUUUUGAGCAAGAAUGAAUUAAUGAUUUAGUCAUGUGUAAAACUAUGCUAAAUAUACUGUGUCGUAUUUUUAUACUGCCAAGUUUAACUAAUCUGUGCUCUUCAUUUUUAAUACAUAUACCGGUAUAAUAUAAUGUUUAACAACUUUACAAUGGAACAAAAAAUACAUUAUGUGUAGCUAUGAGUAAAAAAGAAUGAACAGUCUCUCUAUAAUUAUAAGUAUGUAUAAUACUCUAUUUAGUGUCCAUGAAUAAAAAUCAGUGGCUAGACACUGCAGACAGUUAGUUCUCAGAUCACAUGGUCCUUCGCCCACUCCUGUUCCGAGAGCUAAUCCUCUCAAAUCUUCGUGAUGAGCGACGUGAUUGUGUCCCCUCUUGCAAGAGCUUGAACUGAGUGCGGCCACUGAAGCGGAAGGUGGAGCCUCGUCUGAAGAGAGAGUUGGUUGAGGGGCGGCGAAUGUUGUCAGUCCUCACAGUCCUA